UAUUCUUACGUGUAUUCUGUACUGUAAUUCUUUAGGUUGGAUUUUUUGGUUUAUAUUUACGAUUUUCGAUCAGAAAAAUGGAAGAACUUUUAGAAGCUGCAAUUCUAGGAGGUGCAAAUGAUGCUGAAAUUGAAUUUUUAAUAUUAGAUAAUGUCCUAAUAAACAGAGACAAUAUAAUGGAGAAUGGUAAUAAUUUCACACUGGAUGAUUAUGCUGAUGAGGAUGUAAAGAAACAUUUUCGAUUUGAAAGGCAAGACAUUUUGCAAUUAGCCAACUUUUUAGGUAUACCAGACCCAGUACGAACCCAAAGAAGAGUAAAAGUAAAUAAUGUCACUGCUCUUUGCAUUUUGCUAAAAAGACUUGCAUAUCUUAAUCGCUUGAGAGAUAUUUCACCAAUGUUCAGUUUAUCCCCACAAUCAAUAUCUGAAGUUGUUCGAGCUACAACAGAUAUAAUUCUGGCAAAUAAUGGAAGAUUGUUAAAUAAUUUACAAGACCUACAAUGGUUGGAUAGAAAUAAAAUGACAUAUUACUCCCAGGCUGUUCAUGCAAAAGGUGGUGCUAUGCAAAACUGUUGGGGCUUUAUUGACGGCACUGCAAGACAAAUAUGCCGUCCAUCAGUGGAACAAGAAAAUUAUUAUUCAGGGCACAAAAGAUUCCAUUGCCUUAAAUACCAGUCUGUGCUGUGUCCAGAUGGGAUUAUUGUAAGCCUAAAAGGUGCAUUUCCAGGCCGAAGACACGAUGCUGGAAUAUUUCGGGAAUCAGGACUAUAUAAUGAGCUAGAGCAUGUAGCUAAUUUCAGUCCUGAUGAAAAAUUUUCUUUAUAUGGAGACCAAGCCUAUGGUUUAAUGGAUUUACUAAUAACACCAUACCAAGGCAGACCUACAACCGUAUCAACAGCAGUUUAACCAGUCAAUGAAAAGGUUGAGGGUAUCUGUUGAAUGGGGCUUCCAAAAAGUAGUAGGACAGUUCGCAUUCAUAGAUUUUAGAAAAAACCAGAAGCUUCUCAUGCAAGAUGUCGAGUCAAUGUAUAAAACAACAGUGCUAUUGACGAACUGUCAUACAUGUCUCUAUGGAAGCCAGACGGCAACAUAUUUUAAUAUUGUACCACCAAACAUAAAUGUAUAUUUUGGAAUUCAAUAAUA